CCAGCCUUCUGCAAACGCGAGCCGGCUGAGCACAGGUUCCAAACGGGGGACACCUGACGCAGGGGGCCCUGGCGCAAAUAAUGAACGCAACUUUCUGGCCAGUCACUGCCGCGUGGCCCGAGCACUUCCCCGGGAGCAGAGAGGCUGGAGGAGGGAAGCGGAGAGGGCGCGGAGCCUGGGAACCAACUCCCACCCCCGCGUGGUGAGGGGGCGCUGGCAGGUGUGGAGGCACCGUUCCCAUGGUAACCAGGAGCUAAAACAAGCGCCGGCAGCCCCGGGACUCUGCGCUGGAUCUGCGCGGCUGUUUGACUUGGCUGUUAUUAUUGAAAAAUCUCUUGGCUUGGACUCAGUUCACUCUCUGACAUCGAUGGUAAAGCAACUGCCUGCUGCUUGCUGAAGGGUUUCAUCAGCUUAAUCCUGCCCCAACAUGUCUGCCGAAAAUAAUCAGUCAUCAGGAGGAACAUCCCCUCUUUCCCUUCCCACAACAUCCCAGUAUUCCACACAGACCUUGUCUUCAGAGGAAGAAGAGAGAGAGGACGAUGAGCAUUCAGAGACAGACUAUCUAUCUCCUGAAGACAAUGAGUAUGUGGAAGAGGAAAUCUAUCCUGAGGAAGACAAGUACCUGGAGGAGGAAAUGUUCCUGAAAGAGAACACAUAUCUGUAUGAGACUCCGGAGUACCUGAAGGAGAGAAAGCAUCUACAGAAGGAAAAACAUCUGGAAGAAAAAGAGGAUCUGUUUGAAAAGUAUCCGGAAGACGAAUUCAAGAUGUCUUCUUCAUAUCAAACCCUGCCUCAUCUUAUCACAAGGAGCGCAGCGACUAGCCCUUCCAGGAGGGCCAUCCUCUUCUCUGUCCCCCCUUCCAUCUCUGAACUUCCCCAUGAGUCUCCAUACGAAAACGUAACGCCUUCUACCUUGUACGUGCGGCAAGAUGGAGAACUUCUGGCCUGGCAAGACCAGAGCACGCAGACAGAAUGGAUCUAUAAGACACCUGCAAAACCAAAAAUGAAAACAGGACAAGAAACGUCAAUGACCACGCUAUCCUCUUUAAAGUCGGAUUCAGAAGUCUUGGAUUUUGUUACAAAAGAGAGUUUUUGGAACGAUUUAAUAAAUGAGCCCAUUGACUCAUUGGAAGCUGAGGGCAUAGAUGACAAGCUUCUCAGCAGCUCCUAUCAGACAGUGUUUAGGACCAUCCUCAGUGAAAUGGCUGCUCGCAAGGAACAGGAAGAAGAUAUUGACGUCCCCAUGACCGGAAUUCUGGAGAACGAAACCAGAAGGAAACUAGGAAUUCUGUUGAAGAAAAAUUUUGAAAAAUACAAGGCAACAAUCCUCUGGAUUAUGAAGAAACGUGAACACUUACUCAACUCCAGAACCUCAGCAGCAGCAGCAGAUACGUCUACUCUCACAUUUCAGUUAUGCAAGCAACCACCACAGGUCAAGGAGUCUGUGACAGAAGUCAAAAAAACCCGUCGUGUUGUUGGUCAUAAGAAGAAAAUAGAAAUAGAUACAGACUGGGUACAGAGCAAGACAGAGGUGCAUCAACAUGAUGUAAAAUUAAUUCUCUACCCCAAUGAGACUGUCUUCCAAAUCCUCUUUCCUGACGGAUCAGGCCAGAUACACUACCCAUCAGGACGCCUGGCUAUGCUCAUCCUCAGUACACAACAGAGUGAGUUCACAUACAUCAUUCUGGAAGACAGUGAAGAAAGGUGUGUGCAGGCCCUUAUCAACAACUCUGGCCAUGCCACCUUCUAUGAUGAAAACAGAGAAAUCUGGUUGAGCCUGAGCCAAAACCUGGGCUACUACUUUCCCAAAGGCAAACACCAGAAGGCCUGGAACUGGUGGGAUCUGAGCCUCCAUGCCCACGCACCCCCUUUCCAGUCCAUCUCCUUGAAAAUCAACCGGUACAUCAAGGUACAAAUCAGGAGCCAGGAUAAGAUCGCCUUCUGCUUCAGCCACCAAAAGAAGCACAUCUGCUUAAACCUGGGCACCAAGUACAAGUUCAUAACCCCGGAGGCGCUGAGUGAAAUGAAGGAGAAGGCCAUCCUGGAGGUAGAAUUUGGUUCUACGGCUCGGAAGAUGCAGGUCCUCCUGGGGAAAAUGAGUAGGAUCCUGAAUUUCCUGACCAUCCCUGAUUUGGAAAACUUCAUAGAUGCUGCCAGGAUUUUGCCAAUCAACAAACUGGAACUGAAGGAGAACUCUCACCUCCCAGCGUAG